CGGGACUAAUUGGACGUGUGUUUGGUUGGGUUAUGACGCGCGGCACUAGAUUAUCCUUCCCCAUUCGUAUUCGGCGGAAGGAUUGAUUCCCAUCGAAUUGGUGGUUUAUUGUUGUGAGCGAUUCGAGGACGAUUUUCGCUGAUGGUGUGGCAUCAACACGAACGGAGAUUGGAAUGUUGCAGUAAAUAAAUAAACAAAGAAAAGAGAUUACUUCCUUCCUAUGUUUGUGCGAGUUAGAUAGCAGUCAAACAGUCGAACGCUGAGAGAGAGGCAGGAGGAUCUUGACCUAAAGGAAAAAUUAAUUAUUCAAACAUAUCGAGGAGGGACGAACGGUUAUUGCUACGGCUCUCGCUCAAUUAUCGAUGCUCAAUGACGCGAAUGGAUACUGCCGAGUUUGGUUGCUUUGCUGCUGAUGUUGUUGUUCGGUCGGUUCCGGUAGGCAGGUGGUGAAGGAAAUGCUUGUUGCGGAUAAAAUCAAGCACUGUUAGGGGUGGUAAAAAGGUGGUAAAAUAUAUCGCAGAAAGUGGGGAAGUGGAUCAAAGAAUUGAGUUUUGGCGAGGUUCUAUAAUAAGAAAUAUUGUAUGAGCGAGUCGUGAAGGGCUCGAAAUGGCACAGGAGAAGUAGUGUUUCGCUGGUGAUUUUUUUUCUGCCACUCCACCCACACGAACGGAACGACGGGUCGGGACGCGAGUGUUAUUUUCGGGGAACAGCAGCAGAAGAAGAAUACGUAGAAGCAGAAAGGUAAAAUCGGAAAAUCGAUGGUGGGUUAUUGUGCGCGAGUGUAGUGUUACAUUUUGCCAAAAUGUACGGAACUUGGUUGAUGCUCCGGUGGCUACGCAUUCCCAAAACCCAAGAGUGCCGAAUGUGAAUGGAUUCGUUUUGCUUCUUUUGUUUCGCUUUUUCCUUAUUUUCCCCUUCGACCCAUCGGCUUCAGUUAUCGCCGUUGAUUUGGAUCCUACCGAGAACCGUUUCACCACCCAAGAACUGCCAUUAACAAGGCGUCUCCAUCGAUUGAACUUCCACAGAAUACGCAAUCACAAGGUCUCUUCUGUGUCUAGCCGUUUCUCGCUGGCAUAAGUGAACGAAAAUUAAGCACCCGGUAAAGAAAUCAUUCAUCGCUUUGAUUGUGCCCGGCAGUCAGCCGGUUUUGGAAGAAAUACGCGAUUGUGGGGCUGGUACAAGUGUCAGAGUGUCAAGACCCAACACGGGGAGGAAAUCAAGCAGCAAUUGUUGAAAACCCGGAGAAUCUAGGCAAAACCCUCGAGUGCCGAUUAUGCGGAAAAACGGUGAAAUCGCAUUAUACAUUCGAUUGGAAAGUGAUUGAAAACGGUGUCAAAGUAUUCCAAAGUAAGGUGUCUGCUAUUUAACAAGGCAAAAGAAAAGUGAUCCUUUGUCAGCAGUCAAUCAACGUCAGCGAGGGGCGAAGAAGUAAAUAAAAAGGCCCAGCAAAGGAGCGGAUUAAAUUACCCUUUAGCGUUUUUCUGUUGUUUGUUAUCGUUGUUGCCGUCGUUCUUGUUGUUGUUGUUUUUGUUAUUGUGUACAUUUUCCGCUUUCCGUUCCAAACGUUGAAAAGUGAAAACGGCAAAGGGAGAGGCAGACCGAACUACGGCGCGUGAGGUACUUCAAUACGAAAGGGAUUUGCCAAUUCAUCAUCGGAGCGAACGGAGGGUUCGUUUGUGCCAACGGCCCUUCCUCUAUGCGCACUUUGAAGUAGGCACUUGCUCCCGAAUGCUGAUGAUGAUUCAGACGGAAAGCGUUCCGUGCUGGUUGGUGUUUCGAAAGGAUUUGAAAAAGAUAUAAAUAACUACUAACAUCGAGCCAACGACGACACAUUAAAUUCCUCGAACUUCAUCGUCAUCCCACUCGACACGUGUCUCCUAUCGUGCGUAAGAAGAAAAUUUUGUCCAUUUGCCCCACCCUCAAGUAAUAGCGUAAAUAGAGAGAGUAGCUACCAACAGAAUACCGCAGAUCCAAACGGACCACCCAGUUGCGUGACUUGAUGAGGAAUAAGCGACGCCUCCGCCGUAGCCGAUCUGAUGUUACCCGCCAUGAUGUAUCAACACUGCCUGGCGAUUCUCAUGAUAACGCAUUGUCUCUCAACUCACCAAUCUCCCCCGUCACCGUCAUCGUCCUCCGCGCUGCUCAAAUUGAUGGCAUUCGCCGAUGACAGGACCAUCCUGAAUCAUCGUACCGUUCCGCCCGGUCCGUUGGAUCCGGAUUCGAUUGCUUUGGCCGAUGACUCGAGCGUCGCUACGCAAUCAGAAGACGGGAGGGGGAGCGACCAGCAGCGACAACCGCCAGGACACAAGUCGGAUAGUGCCAGCAACCGAAAUGCUCUUCAUGACGACCUUGCGGCGAUGGAAAAAAAUCGCCCACCGAAACAGCAGCGCACAACGGCAGGAUCACCCACAUCAGCACCACCAUCACCGGCGGACGAUGGUGAAAAUCCGUGGCACACACCAGAUUUAGCAGCGAACACAAAUCCAUCUACCCAGCGAAGCUUCCCGGAAGAUGAAGGCUCCAACAGCCGGGUGGACGAUGAGACGGUGACAUCCAGUAGCUCCGACACCGGUGGCCUGUCUGUCUCGUCGGGUAGCGCGUCCUCGACGCCACCAAGCGUACCAUCGCCUCAGCAUCAACAUCAAACCAAACCUCAGCAGCAGCAGCAACCACAACAGCAGCGACAUCGAACGAUCAACUCGAUGAACCUGAACCCGACCACGCCGGCGAUGGUGGUGAAACCGGUCGACGAGCACCGGAAGUUGCUGAAGAGCACCGGGCCCAUCCUGAACUACGUCUUCGAUUCGCAUCCACCGUAUUACAAGUCCAACUACUACAACACGCGAUACGGUCCACAUUUUGAAACGGACAACGUCACCAAUAUCACCGUGCAGAAUGGUGACGAUUUAUUUCUAAGCUGUAGGAUAAGUUUGCUGCAGGAUAAAACGGUAUCCUGGGUUCGACGGAAACACGGCGAAACGGACCUGCAGCUGCUGACCGUGGGGAAGCAGACGUACUCCGGGGAUUCUCGGUACACGAUCGAGUUCCAGUAUCCGAACAACUGGCGGCUAAAGAUUGCCGCGGCCAACAAGAACGACGAGGGUGUGUACGAGUGCCAGAUAUCGACGCAUCCACCCAAAGUGAUAAUAUACAAUCUGCACGUGAAUGCGCCUGAGGUCCUGAUCGUAGAUGAAGAGGGAGAACCACUGUACGAUAAGUAUUAUGAAGUUGGCUCAACGAUAAAACUGAUGUGCCGAAUACGGCACAUGUCGAUGCUGCGAUCCGCCGUCUACUGGAUUCACAACGAGAACAUAUUGAACCACGAUGUCCUGAGGGGCGGUAUCAGCGUCAAGACGAACCUCACCAACAUCGGUGCCAACUCAACGCUGUUCGUGGCCAAAGUGAACAAACAGGACUCGGGCAGCUACACUUGUUCAAUUGGACCAAAUCAGCACUAUAGCAUCUCCGUACACGUCCUGAACGGUACCGCCAACCCGUACGGAAUUUAUCAACGAUCGUGUGCCUUCUCAGUACUGCUCGAAGCAGUCGACUUGAAAUUCAUCCUGAAGCAACUACUCUUCCUGCUGCUGAAGUGCUGCCUCGACAGAUAGCACCACCCACUCCCACUUCUCCUCCCAGUCGUCGUCGCCAGCGUUGCCAUCAGCAGCGGAGGUGUGCCGUUGUUUAUGUUGCAAACUAGUUUGCACCGGAGCGGAUAAGCGGCGGAGAGAUACCUACUAGGAAAACUGCAUUCGCAGCACUAGAGCGUAGAUAAGUAAUGGGGUGAAAUCUUGUACACUGCGGGAAAACGAAUGGGAAUCGGGAAUAGAUGUGAUGCGAGAGCAUCAGAGCAAAAAACAGUUGUACCAUAGUUAAAACAAAGAAAGAAAAAAAAGAAAACGCAUGUCUAUCUGUUGUGGCAACGAUGCGAAUGCGAUCGGAAAUAGCUCCAAACUCUUCUGAACAUAUGGGCGAAAAGUAGAUAAAUAUCUUUUUACGUUGAUGUUACCUUGUUUGAUGGACUGUUUCUAGGUUAGUUAUUUUUAUACAAUGAACGGAAUUAUGUGUGCAAAGAGGGAUUCAAUUGAAAAACAGUAUUUUUGUAUAAGUGGAAGUUUAGACGAGAUAUAUAUAUUUUCGUUUUCGAAAAAAUGAGAGAAAAAAAUCGUGUUAGAUAUGUGAAAUGAAGAAAUGAAAUAAAAUACUAUCGUAUUAUGUAACAUGAUCAUAAAAGAAGAAACAAACAAACAAACAAAAAAAAACAAAUACAGCGAGUGUAUCUCCUAACAAUAUUCUAUAGCAAGUAUAAAUACUUCAGAUUAAACAAAUAGAACGAACAUAACACAAGAUGGAACCACUUGUAAUAUAAGUAUAGCAAAAUGACAGAAAACAAAACGCAGCGAAAUACAACAUAUUUUGGGAGAAUAAACUGAUGAAGU